UUUUUAGGAAAGCAAGAUGUUGAAAGAGUGCCUGUAUUAUCUCAUCCUGCUUUAUCUCGAUCCCAAAGUGAUGAUGGAAGUGCUUUUUAUUCACCUCCAGUAUCUGAUGGGGAAGAUAAUGAUAAAGAGCAUGAUCGUAGUACAGUAUCUGAAGUUGAAUGGUUGUCUCCCAAGAGCAGCACUGAUUUACCUACAGAACAGGAAUACCGCAGGUUAGCGGAAGAUGCACUACAGAAAGCUGUUUCUAUUAUAGAAUCCGAUGGAUGGCGUAAAGAAAAAGUAGAGGGAGACGACAUAAUAUAUUCCAAAGUUGUUCCUGCAUACGGCAAAGUUUUUAAGUUCGAAGGAUUUCUUCCAAUUCCUCCGAAGAAAGUCAUUGAUGAACUUUAUUUCAAAGGGGAAGAAAUGCAUAAAUGGAAUCCUACUGUAAAGAAAGUUAGGGUUAUUCAAAAAAUUGACGAUCAUAUGGAUAUCGCUCAUGUAAUAGCUACAGAGGGAGCUGCGGGCCUCGUGGCUAGCAGGGAUUUUGUUAAUUUAAGAGUAUGGAAAAAGCAAGAUUCAGCAUAUGUUCAUGGAUCAGUAGCAACUACACACCCUGAUGUUCCAGCUGUUGCAAAAUACGUCAGGGGAGAACAAGGACCUUGUGCAUAUGUACUAACUCCAGCUAAUGAAAACGGUCAAAAAUGUAAAUUGCAGUGGCUUCUAAAUACUAAUUUAAAGGGUUGGAUACCACAAUACUUAAUUGACCAAGCAAUGUCUGCUGUUAUGUUUGAAUAUGUUCAGUCUUUAAGGAGGCAUUCAACUUCCCCUAAAGCAUCUGCAUGAUUUCCUCAAGUAUUAAAAUAACUAGUAAUGGACUAACACAGAAUCAGACCUAGUUUUAUAUACACUGUCAGCUAUUAUAAUAACUAAAUAAUUGACUAUAUCUAUAAAACUAGGUCUGUCAUUUGUAUAAAUCAUGUCUCAGUUAUUCUCAUUUAUUCUUAAAUUCGUACCGCAUCACAAUUUAUUGCUAUUUGCUUUCUGAAUAUUUUUAUGAUUUAAAUGUUUGUCAUCUGCGACAAAAUGCAGGGUAAUUCAGAAUGAUUCAUCAAAUUUCAAGUGGCUUUAUUAUUAAAAUUUUCAAACAAAGUGUAAUUAGUUAUACCUUGCAAAAAGAGAGAACAAGAAACUGUACACAUUUGUGGAUGUGAUGGAAUGUGAUGCUCCAUAGUUACACGCUAAGCAUAAAAGCAGCAUUAAAACUCAUCUUGUAAUUAAUCUAACAUGUCCUCUGUCAUAGACAUAUGGCAUUAGCAAGACUUUUGAGCUUUGUAAGAAAAAGGCUAAUAUAGUUGAUCAUUUUGGGAAAACAUUGGAAUGAGCUGAAAAUCAGCUGAGGUGUCUGUGAUAAAUGACCUGCGAGAACGAUUAAUGGGAUGAAUAUGAAUUUGCUUCAACCCUGCUUGUGUAACUGUGAGAGCUUACAUAGAGUACUUAUUAAGUGAGGCAAAUCAUGAAUAGUUUCUCUUUUGUUUUAUACAUCGCUAAUUAAACUUUGUUUAUAAACUUUAACAUAAGUCACAUGUUUAAAAAAUGUCAUUUGAAAUUAAAGGAAUCAUUCUUAACUGUCUUGUACAGUUGUAAUGCUAUAGGGCAUUCUUUUUUAGAAUUAUUUAGGUAGAAUUUGUAUUUUUAAUUAAAAUAUUUGAUGAUACUUUUAAUCAAAAUGAAAUAACUGCAGUUCAUUGUAAUUUAAAAGUAUAUGUAGCUAAUUGUCUGUAUAUUUCACAAAACUUAUGAACAUUUUUAAAAAUACAUUUUCUACCAAUUUUAAUUUUUAAAGCUGAGUCAGAACCAUUGCAAAAUGUUGUUUGUGUAACUAGUCACUUUUUUAAAUCAUGAAUUUAUUUGUAUUCAUUUUAUAGUUUUUAUGUAUGGAAUAAAUUAAAUAAUAAAUAUUGAUUGAAGUCAUUUGUGUCUGUCAGUCAUAAAUUGUUGAAAAUGUUUGAAUAGAGUUUAUGAAAUCAUGCCAAAUUUUGCAAAAUAUAUAACUGUUUUUGAGUAUUUCAAAUGUUUUUAUUUGAUUUCAUUAAUUAUAUCAGAUCUUUAUUUUGUGCAAUCAUUUAUUUAUAUUUUAUUUUAAUUUAUGAAAAGUAUACAAAUGAAAAAUUGCUUUAUUGUUAAUUAUAGUGUGGAUAAAUAUAGAAAAAGUAGUGUCAAUAUGAAUCUUUUGUUUGUUCCUAUUUUUAUCUUAAACAUUUUUAUUUUCAAAAAAAUGAAAAUUUUGUAAUUAAAUAUUGAAACGUUUUUUAACUGGUAUUUGUGUAUGUGUUCGUCUGAAAUGAAAUAUUGCUAUUUAUAUAGUGUUUGAAAAAUUAUAUGUAUUUGAUUUUAAUUACAGAAGAGUCUGAAUUAUCUAACAUGCAGUGAAAAUUUGAUUCACAUUAGAAUUUAUUACUACUGUUGUUGCUGGUAUAAUUAUUAUUCUUCCUUUUAUUGCUGGACUGGGUGUUUUGCUCAAGAUAUGUAAUCCUUAUUGCUAGCAACUGACUAACAGUUCGGCGAAAAGCAGUAUUCAUGUCUCAUAGCCAAGAUCAUAUCAAUGCACCUAUAUCAGUUGCACUCACAGUUUUUACAUCAUUGGUCACAUGAUAAAAAUGUUAAACAUUAUAACACAAAUGCACGAACCAUUUGUGUUUAAACAUAAUGAGGUUUUUCACUUUUAACAUAAUGGUAUUUUUUUACCCUUUGUUGAAUUAAAAAAUUAUCAAGUGGUUGUAGUACAUCAAUAAAAGCAUGAAGCAUUAAACUGACUAAUUAAAAAGUAUGAAUUGAUGCAUUUGUUCAAAACAAACACAUUAACUAAAUUUUUGAAACUUAAUUAGCUGAACAUUACAAACAAAUAUCUAACUAAUGUGACCAAGCGUUCCCAUCAAAUAUGUUAUCUUCUCCAUUUCACAAUAUAUCGCUUUUCUGUUGUCUAUGGUUUAUACUAUAUAUUGUGCAUCAUGAUGGAGUUGUAUUUAUUUUUCAAUGAAGUAAUUUUACUGCAUAAAAUUACUCAAUGAUUUCAGUGUGUAAUGGGCAUGACAGUGUGAUUCAGUGUGCAUGACUUGUAAUAAAACUUGUAAUAAAAUUACAAAACUCAUCAAGUUUCUUACAUUUUAAUGACAUAUUUUUAUCAACAAUAUUUGGUUUAGUUCUAUGUCAUCUGAUAUUUCUGGCUAUGUGACCACCAAUCAGUUCUUUCUAUGUUGAAUAAUUGGACCUGCACUGGGUCAGAAAAAAUAUACUUUUAUAGACUGGAAUACUUUUUAUUCAUCAAAUGUUUCAGGUCUCAUAUUUGCAAAAAUAUUAAUAAGGCCGGUUUCCUUUUUAUAAGUUAUCAAAAUUAUUUUAUUCUUUAUAAUGCUAGGUUUUCAUGUUCAGCUUCAUUGUACCCAUUUUUUAUGCAACAUAUGUGUGACAGCAAUUUGUUAUGUGUAAGACAAUCAGUAAAGGUGUUAAAAUAUUUAUAAAUAUGAGUGUUUAUCUGGUUGAACAUUAAGAUUAGAAUUGCAGUUUUUUUUAAUAUCAUCCUCAAUCAUUUAGCUUUGUAUUAUUUGCUUUGUCUGUUGUAUGGAGUAGACGUAAUAUUAUUUAUUUUGUAUGCUUUUUUUUUAAAGUUUUUAUGUUAAUUGUUUUGUAAAAAUAUGUGCAAUGCUAAGUUAUGUCAAUAAAUAUUUUAUCUUCA